AUGCGCGAGCAGGGGGCGGAGCGCGGUGGGGCCAGGCAACAGGCGCAGACUGCGCCGGCUGAGAGCCAGAUCCUGGCCCUAGUCCGUCAGGAGAUGGCGGCCUUCCAGGCUCGCUUCUCAGUCCUGGAGGGCAGGGUCCUGCGCCCCCUCGCGGCGUCGAAGCCCCAGCGGCCCAAAGGCCUCCUAUGCGGCCGCGGUUGCAGCGGCACCCCACCCAGGAGGGACCGCCGAGCAAGCCCCUGUCGCGGCGCCGAACGGACCGACCAGGAGGGCGCCCGCUCAGCAAAGCCCAAGACCGCAAGGGCGGUCCAGGCGCAGAGGCCCCGGUGCCACCGUGGUGGGAAAAGAAAAGAGGCGGAGGGCGGCCAAAGCGGCCAAAGAAGGCCCAGAAACAGCGGCGCAGGGGCGAGCCGCCGCGGCGAAACUCCGCGCCCCAAAACCGCGGCUGUAGUAGUCACACUACAGCCGGACGCGGUCAAAAGGGGCGUGUCGUACCGCGACGUGCUCGCCCAAGCAAAGGAGGCGGUGAACCUGCAGGAGCUGGGUAUCGCCUCCGGCCUCCGGCUCAGGGUGACCGCAACGGGCGCCCGUAUGCUGGAGGUCCCAGGAGCGGCCAGUGGGCCCGCCGCAGACGCUCUAGCCGAGAGGCUUAGGGCGUCCAUAAGUGCGGACGAUGCCCGAGUCUCCAGGCCCCACAAGUGUGCGGAUCUGCGCAUCAUGGGCCUGGACGACUCAGUUACUGCGGAGGAGGUGGUGGCCGCCGUCGCUAGGAUGGGUGGGUGCUCUGCCGACGAAGUGAAGGCGGGCACCAUACGUCCCGACUUCAGGGGCACGUGCACCAUCACGGUGAGCUGCCCCGUGACGGCGGCCAAGCGCAUCGUAGACGGCCGAAGAUUGCUGGUUGGCUGGGUGUCGGCGCAGGUCAAGCUGCUUGACCCCCGACCGCUGAGCGCCCUCUGCUUCCGCUGCGGUCAGCCCGGACACAAGGCCGUGGCUUGUAGCGCCGCGCCGCACUGCACUGCGUGCGCGGCGGCUGGCAAGCCGGCCGAACACCGGGCGGGGAGCAAGUCCUGUGCCCCACCCGCCAAGACCAAGAGUAAGGGCAAGGGCCGGCCGUCCGUCGCCGCCACCACCACCACCUCCGCAGUGGCCACAACCGCAGCUCCUGCGGCCGCCGCCGCCUCCAACGCUGCCGCCGCUGUCAACGCCGUCGCCACUGCUGCUGUCACGGCGCCCGUGUCUGCGUCUCAAGAGGAGGAAGACGUGAUGGAGUGCUAG